AUGGAAAGCGUCAUCGGUGAAACACAACCAAAAUCAUUUGUACAGCAGCGUCGUCGGUCAAUUGUCAUUGAUUAUCUGCUUGCCACCUCAACACAUGGAUUACGAAGUGUGGGUCGCGCCUAUUCGGCUUGGAAUCGUUGUUUCUGGAUACUGAUAUUUAUGACUGCUUUUGGUCUCAUGCUUGUUUUUGUUGUGUCAUCCAUUAUCGAAUAUUUUAACUAUCCGACACAAACAAGCACUUUAAUUCGUCUCGAUCGUAAGAUGCCUUUUCCAGCCGUUACUGUUUGCAAUACGAAUCCAUAUCGACGAGAUAAACUGAAUGAAUCACUUGUCAAGUACUACUAUCAACAAUUUCCGUCGAAUUCAUCGAUUAAUUUGAGCGUUUUCGAUACGCUCGCAAUAGCACUCAUCGUUGAUUUGUUCAAUAGUAAUAAAACGGAAGAGCUCUCGCUCAUUGGUUUUCAACUUAGCGACAUUCUACUUGGCUGUCAGUUCAACGGUAUUGACUGUUCGAAUUCAUUCACACGCUCGCUUACAUCAGGUCUCGGUAAUUGUUUUACGUUUAAUUGGAAAACAUCAUCACCGUUAUUUACACUAGCUGAUUUUGGCAAUAGUUUUCUGUUGAAAGAAGCUCUUCAGCUAACGUUUUAUGUUCCACGCGAAUCCAGUUUUCCCGCUGACUAUUUCAACAUCGGUAUCAAUUUGCUGUUACAUGACAACGAAGAAUUUCCAUUGAACAUCGAAAAUGGUCUUACUCUUGCACCUGGCUUCGCUCAUUUGAUCACUUACCGUAAAAGUUUAGAAACCUAUCUUCCACAUCCAUAUAGUGCAUGCACAUCAGCAGUAUCUGACGACUUGCGUGCUCUGUACAAAACUACGUACGGUGACACCAACAUAUCAGAGACAAUUGUCUACUCAGAGUCAGCCUGCAACGAACUGUGCGGGCAAGCUUAUAUUUUUUCACAGUGCGCAUGCAUUCUACCAAUACCAUUCUUCGCGCGUUACGUUUUCAAACUCGACGGAAGUCUGGCAUAUGCGCGCACGUGCCGUCCCAUAGCAUCCGAGUUUGCAUGUGCACUUGGUGCUAAGAAGCAAUUUGCAGCUAGUGAUGACUUACAAACCCUGUGGUGUGCUCAUUGUACCUCUCAAUGUAAAUAUACACAUUUCGCCAUGGACAUCAGCGCACAGGCCGCACCGUCCGAUGCUGUGAAGGCAAGUUGGGCGACGACUCUUUUGAACUCAAACAAUACGACCUCCUUUCUGGCACCUCCAGACUUUGCUCAACGUUACGAUUAUUAUAUGAAUCAGAAUUAUUUAAGAGUAGAACUUGCCUGUGGGAGUAAAUAUGUUAUGGAAUACACACAAGAACCCAAGGUGUCAUUUACUGAUGUCUUUUCUUCCAUUGGUGGACAGACAGGCUUGUAA